GUAGAACAGACGGAUGCUAUUUUCUGGAACGCCGAUAUCCGCUCAAUGAUUCCAACAUGGCAAGCCGAAAAAGCUCAUCCAAAAGCCGGGGCGAUAAUAACAAGUAUUCUGUGUUAUUGCCCACGUACAACGAAAGGGAAAAUUUGCCUCUAAUAGUGUGGCUGCUGGUGAAAUACUUCGACGAAAGUGGAUAUGAUUUCGAGAUAAUAGUCAUUGAUGACGGAAGCCCAGACGGGACGUUGGCGGUGGCCGAACAAUUGCAGAAGAUCUAUGGUGAAGACAGGAUUCUUCUUAGACCAAGAGCAAAGAAGUUAGGCUUGGGGACUGCCUACAUCCAUGGUAUUAAACAUGCCACGGGGAACUUUGUCUUUAUUAUGGAUGCAGACCUCUCCCACCAUCCUAAAUUUAUUCCACAAUUUAUUGAGAAACAGCGGGAAGGAGGGUUUGACCUGGUCUCUGGGACAAGGUACAGUGGAAAUGGCGGCGUGUAUGGCUGGGACUUGCGCAGGAAACUCAUCAGUCGAGGGGCCAACUUCAUCACCCAGGUGCUACUGAGACCUGGAGCAUCGGACCUGACAGGAAGCUUCAGGCUCUACAAGAAAGAGGUGCUGGAGCAGUUGGUGGAGAAAUGCGUGUCCAAGGGCUAUGUUUUCCAGAUGGAGAUGAUUGUCAGAGCCCGGCAGUUAGGCUACAGUAUUGGAGAGGUUCCAAUCUCAUUCGUGGAUCGUGUUUAUGGAGAAUCAAAACUGGGAGGAAAUGAAAUAGUCUCUUUUUUGAAAGGACUUCUGACUCUUUUUGCCACAACAUGAGGUUUAUAUCAUUCCAUAGACAAUUUGUUUCUGAUGUUUGUCUUGGCUAACUUAGUUCACCUAGGAUCGGUCCUGUAUACCCCAUUAACUUCUCCCUUGAAUGCAGGCUAGAAUUGUGCCGCUCAGAAGCUCCACAUGACUGCAUGGGGGGAGUCUAAGCCUGUGUAGCCCCUUUCUAUAGCAUCAUGAGUCAACCCAAUGCAAAAUUGUUCUCUCUUAAUCUUUACAUAAAUAUCACAUAUUUUCUAUGCUUUAACAAAAAUUGGCCAUUUAAAAAAAACAUUCUGCUGCAUAUUGUAGCUACAAAUAACUGUGGAGAAAGAAACUUCUUAAUCACUUGCUUUGUAUGACACAUAUCAGAGUAUAUAUAUAUAAUCGUAAUGCCCUCAUUACACUAAGAAUCAACUAAGUUGACCUGUGCUUAUUGUAAGACCUGAGAAAAUAAAUAUUUUACAAUGCUGGGCAAACUUAAUUGGAUUGGUUUUACUUAAGUCAAUAAACUUUUCUUGAGAGA